AUGCAGGUUCCUCAGACUGAGGACAAGGUUCCUCGCUCUGAGGAGAAGGUUCCUAACUCUGAGGACAAGGUUCCUCACACUAAAGACAAGGUUCCUCACUCUGCGAACAAGGUUCCUCACUCUGAGGACAAGGUUUCUCACUCUGAGGACAAGGUUCCUCACUCUGAAGUCAGGUUCCUCACUCUGAGGACAAGGUUCCUCACUCUGAGGACAAGGUUCUUCACACUGAGGACAAGGUUGCGCAAUCUGAGAAGAAGCUUCAUGACUCUGAGAACAAGGUUCCUCACUCUGAGGCAAGGUUCUUCUCUCUGAGGAAAAGGUUCCUCACACUGAGGACAAGGCUCCUCAAUCUGAGGACAAGGUUCCUUACUCUGAGGACAAGGUUCUUCACUCGGAGGACGAGGUUGCUCACCCUGACGAGAAGGUUCCGCACUCUGAAGGCAGGUUCCUCAAACUGAGGACAAGUUUCCUCGUUCUGAGGACAAGUUUCCUGACUCUGAGGACAAGGUUCCUCACACUGAGGACAAGGUUCCUCACUCGGAGGACAAGGUACCUCACUCCGAGGACGAGGUUCCUCAUACUGAGGACAACGUUUCUCACACUAAGGACAAGGUACCUCACUCUGAAAACAAGGUUCCUCACUCUGAGAACAAAGUUCCUCACACUGAGAACAAGGUUCCUCAUAUUGAGGACAAGGUUCCUCACUCUGACGACAAGGUUCCUCACACUGAGGGCAAGGUUCCUCACUCUGAGGACAAGGUUCUUCACACUGAGGACAAGGUUCCUCACUAUGAGGACAAGGUACCUCAAUCUGAGGACAAGGUUCCUCACACUGAGGACAAGAUUCCUCACUCGGAGGACAAGUUCCUCACACUGAGGACAAGGUUCCACACCCUGAAGGCCUGUUCCUCCGACUGA